GCGAACACGGCCAGGAGGUCAAGCGCGGUACCUCUGUGUUUACGCGCUCCCGGGGCCGGAAGUCACGUGGCACACAGGCUCCACUGCGAAAAGAUGCAGAGCUGAUGCUUGGACCCUCCCUGCUCAGGACCGCGGAGCGGCGACUCUAGCUCGCGUCUGGACCGAGGGCGGCCGGGUCGCAGGGUCGCUCGGCCCUUGUCAUGGAGGACGGCGCUCCCCGCAUCCGCCGGCGGGUGUCUGUCCGCAAAAGAAACCGCGGAAGCCUAGAGAGCCUCUCUGCCGCCCCCGCCCCGGCCGAGCUCCUGCCCGCGGAGGACCCGGAGGAGGAAGAGGCAACCGGGAGCCGCAGACGGAAAACCGGGAGCCCGGAGCCCGCGCAGGAAAAUGACAGUGAGGAAGACAUGUUUGGUGACCACGACAGCUUUACAGAAAAUUCCUUUUUAGCUCAAGUUGAUGACUUGGAACAGAAAUACAUGCAACUGCCUGAACAUAGGGACCACGUUACAGACUCGGCCACCGGAGCUCUCUGUGCAGGAGACACCGGAAAGAAACUCAGUGUGAGUGCUGUAGGUGACUUGACUGCCUCUGUGACUAAUGAGUGUGUACAGAGCCAGAGUGAUGUGCGUGUCCCUGUUGGGCCAGAAGCUGGAAACGACCUCUUGUUUGAUGUGCCUUCUUCUCAGAUUUUAUACUUUGAAAGUAUGCAAAACUCUUCAAAUGAUUUGGGUGACCAGUCUACUAAGGAAAGAGUCGGAAACUCACAUAAGCCAUUGAAUGAAGAGUUGGCCUGUAGCCGUGUAGAGCAACCUCAGCAAAAUAACGACGCCUCUAACGUUAGCACUUCUUCAGAGACGAACAGGAGGAAAAGUAUUAAAGACAGUCUCAAAAGUGCCAUGACUGGGAAUGCCAAGGCCCAAACCCCAGUGAUUUCUAGGAGUAAACAGCUCAAAGAGACUCUCCUGUGUGAGGAAAUCAGCAUUGUUAAGAAAGCAAUUGAGUCACCGUCAGAUGACCUUGGCCCUUUUUAUUCACUCCCCAGCAAAGUGAGAGACCUUUACGUUCAGUUGAAAGGAAUCAAAAAACUAUAUGACUGGCAGCAUACUUGUUUAACAUUAAGUUCUGUGCAAAAAAGAAAAAAUUUAAUAUAUUCCUUGCCAACGAGUGGCGGAAAAACCCUUGUGGCUGAGAUUUUAAUGCUACAAGAACUGCUCUGCCGACAGAAAGAUGUUUUAAUGAUCCUUCCGUACGUGGCGAUUGUCCAGGAAAAGAUUUCCAGUUUAUCAAGUUUUGGUAUAGAACUUGGGUUCUUUGUUGAAGAAUAUGCUGGAAGCAAAGGAAGAUUUCCUCCAACUAAAAGGAGGGAAAAGAAAUCGCUGUACAUUGCUACCAUUGAAAAAGGGCAUAGCCUGGUGAACUCCCUGAUUGAAACUGGAAGGAUCAGCACGCUAGGUCUGCUUGUCGUCGAUGAGUUGCACAUGAUUGGUGAAGGGAGCCGUGGUGCCAUACUGGAGAUGACCCUGGCAAAAGUCCUCUACACGAGCAAAACAACCCAAAUUAUCGGCAUGAGUGCAACAUUAAACAACGUAGAAGACCUACAGGAGUUCCUUAAAGCUGAAUAUUACACCAGUCAGUUCAGACCAGUCGAAUUAAAAGAAUACCUGAAAGUAAAUGACACAAUAUACGAGGUAGACAGCAGAGCUGCGAAUGGCGUGACUUUCUCACGUCUCCUCAGUUACAAGUAUUCUGAUGUCCUGAAAAAGAUGGAUCCGGAUCACUUGGUAGCACUGGUGACAGAAGUUAUUCCUAACUACUCCUGCCUGGUUUUUUGUCCCACUAAGAAGAACUGCGAAAAUGUAGCAGAAAUGUUGUGCAAAUUUUUAAGCAAGGACUAUCUAAACCACAGAGAGAAAGAAAAGAGCGAAGUGAUUAGAAACCUGAGGGGUGUCAGCAGUGGGAAAGUGUGUCCUGUCUUGAAGCACACCAUCCCUUUCGGAGUCGCCUAUCACCACAGUGGUUUAACUAGUGAUGAACGCAAGCUUCUGGAAGAGGCCUACUCCACAGGUGUGCUCUGCCUUCUCACCUGCACAUCCACCUUGGCAGCCGGGGUCAAUCUGCCCGCGCGGAGAGUCAUCUUGAGAGCUCCCUAUGUGGCUAAAGAAUUCUUAAAGAGGAAUCAGUAUAAGCAGAUGAUUGGCAGGGCUGGCCGUGCCGGGAUAGACGCUGCCGGGGAGAGUAUUCUCCUACUGCAAGAAAAAGACAAGCAACAGGUCCUGGAACUAAUAAACGGACCACUAGAAAACUGCUACAGCCAUCUUGUUGAGGAAUGUACGAAGGGAAUCCAGAGCUUGCUUCUCUCUUUAAUUGGCUUAAAGAUUGCAACAAGUCUUGGUGACAUAUAUCAGUUUAUGAAUGGUACAUUUUUUGGUGUUCAGCAAAAGAUUUUAUUGAAAGAAAAAAGUCUCUGGGAAAUAACUAUUGACGCACUUCGACACCUGACAGAGAAGGGACUUGUACAGAAAGACAGCCGUGGUGAUCCUGAGGAGUUACAGUGCUGUUUCCGUAUUACAAAACUGGGCCAAGCUUCUUUCAAGGGAGCCAUUGAUUUGGCCUACUGUGACACUCUGUAUAGAGACUUGAAGAAAGGUCUUGAAGGACUUGUACUGGAAAGCCUCCUCCAUCUAGUCUACCUAACAACGCCCUAUGACCUGGUUCCUCAGUCUGAGCCUGACUGGAUGGUGUACUUCAGGCAGUUUGGUCAACUCAGUCCAGCAGAGCAAAAUGUGGCCACUCUCCUUGGAGUCUCCGAAAGCUUUAUUGGGAAAAGAGCAUCCGGGCAAGCCAUUAGAAAGAAGGUGGACAAGGGCAUCGUCAACAGGCUCUAUCUGUCCUUCAUCCUCUACUCCUUGCUGAAGGAGACCAGCAUUUGGAGUGUGUCUGAGAAGUUCAAUUUGCCCCGAGGAUACGUUCAGAAUCUACUUACAGGAGCCGCCUCCUUCUCAUCGUGCGUGCUGCAUUUCUGUGAGGAGCUGGACGAAUUCUGGGUUUACAGAGCCCUUCUGGUAGAACUUACCAAGAAACUGACAUACUGCGUGAAGGCAGAGCUAAUCCCACUCAUGGAAGUGACGGGGGUCUUAGAGGGUCGAGCAAAGCAGUUAUACAAUGCAGGUUAUAAAAGUAUCAUGCAUUUAGCCAACGCCAACCCAGAAGUGCUGGUGAGGACAAUCGAUCAUCUGUCCAGACGGCAGGCCAAGCAGAUCGUUUCCUCGGCAAAGAUGCUGCUGCAGGAGAAGGCGGAGGCUCUGCAAGAAGAAGCACAGGAAUUACUGAGCUUGCCUCCAGACCUCCCUGGGCUGGGGGAUCCCAACACCGAAGAGGCCGGAAGCCAUGCUGGGGAGGCCACUCCGUGACAGGGCAUUUGCCUAAAAUGCCUGAAGGCCCUGUGUGAGAUCCUCAGUACCUCCAAGAAAGAAGAAAAAGCUGACAGGGUUAUAAGUUAGCAGGGAGGUGAGCACCUGUAAUCCAGCACUUGGAGGGAGAGUUAGGGAAAUUGAGUGUUAAAAGUCACCUUCAACUGCAUAGAGAGUUGGAGGCCGGCUACGUGAGGCCCUGUCUCAAAAAAAAAAGCAAAUGUAUGUUUUCAAAUUUGAUUUAUUUAUUAUAUAUAUAUAUAUUAUUAUUGAAAUUUUCCUCUAUAAAUGAAUUAUAUUUUAAUUAUAUAUUACAAACUGUGGAUGAACUUUUUAAAACAAA